CUCGCGCGCGGGGCCGUAGCAGAAGCGACGCGCGACGCGGGCUUUCAGUACGGCUUCGAUCGUGGAUCUCUCUGCGCUGGGUGGACCAUUGCGGGAUCGCGCGGAUCGUAGGCGCAUAAACGGCUGGGCCGAGCCGCUGGAGCUGCGCACUUGUGCGUGCGAGGAGACACGGCCAGCCCCGAGACGAGGGACAACAUGUCCGGCGACGUGCAGCCCAGGAAGCGCAAGGACAAGAGGCGUAGAAGAGAUGACGACGAGGGAAGCGCGACGGCGCAGUCGGUGCCGCUGGUGCGGACGGGCUCGACUGACCACUCGGACAACGUGACGAUACACGUCUACAAGGAGGCCGGCACUGGCGGUCACUGGUGCGCGCGUAUCGUUUUCUUCGCGCUGCUCGCCGGUCUCCUCGGCGUCGUCGGACUCAUCAUCCUCGAGCACCGGGGCACCAGCGACGUGGAUACCCCGGUGACGGCCUCCCAGUGGGCGAUGAUUUUCGAGGGUUGGGUGGACGAGGCCCCGCACGAGGAGCACGAGGAGUCCCGCGAGGAGGACGAGGGCCACGGCUCGGAGCAUCAAGACGAGGACGAGGAGGAGGAGGAGGAGGUCGAGGAACCUGGGCCCGACAAGACCAUCUCAGAGGAGGAGACGGACGAGGGUCUGGGCGACGACCUCGACGACGACGAGGCCAACGCCGACGCUGACGAGACAGAGGACGAUUACGCUUCCCCAGAAAAAGACGAUGAAGAUGAAGAUCGCGUUGGAAGCGAAGAUGCGGAUGAAGAUGAAGGUUACAGCAAAGAAGAAUCCGAUGACGAGGCCGACGACGAUCUCGGGGCGUUUGAAGAAGUCGAGGACGACGACGUUAACGACGACGACGACGACGCUGAAGACGAAAACGUGGCUGAUGCUGCUUUCGAUUCCGAUCUGGAUUUCAGCAUCGAGGGCAUCAGAGCAGCUGCCGAUGAAGACCAUGAAUUUCAAAGUUUUAUCGAGAACGCGGACAACGCUGAAGAAUACAUUUCCAUUCCCGGAGUCAAUGAGAUCGACGAUAACAGUGCCGAACCUUUAGAAGAAAUCGAUGGUGAAGAUCCCGAAGAAAUAGUGAAUGAGGUAAACAAUGAGGAAGAAGAUGAAGAAGAAGAAAAAGCGGAACAAAUGCUGGAAGAGGAAUCGACUAGUGUGGCAAUGAAAUUCGGAGUCGGCAUCGCGCUCAUCGUCACCGCACACUUCGUACUCGUUAGAAGGUGGAACAAUGGCGAUGCCGAUGCUCUGGAGAUUCUCACAAAUAGCGACGAAGUGCCAAACUUAUCGCGGAGAAACACCCUAGUUCCACCUGGACGAAUUAAAGAAGUCGAUUUGAAAAACAGUGACAAAAAAACUUCUCUAAAUAAAGAAAAAGAACAAACCUAUGAAGAUCUGCGAUCUACCUAUAAAACUGUCGAAUCUCUAGAUAAAAAAAAAACGGAUGUCGAAAACAUUUUUUCCAAAAAAACAGCUGAUCUCCAAGCGAUCCUUUUUGGUGAAAGCAAAGAUUCGAAGACAAACCUUUCUGUGGAAAAUACAGAACGCCAAACUGAAGAAGACGAAUAUUCAGAAGGUGAAAAUGAUUUUGUAGAUGAUGAAGAAUAUGACGAGGAAGAUAUGGAAGAGGACUACGAAGAUGAAGGAGAGGAGGAAGAGGAAGAAGAAGAAGACGUUGAAGAUGUUGAUGAUACUGAAUUAGUCGAAAAACUAGACAAAAAGUAUGGAAAAUUACCUACACCGCCUUACAGUGACCAAGACGAUGAAGAAGAAGAAGAGGAGGAGGAAGACGAAGAAGAGGAGGAAGAAGUUGAUGAAGACGAAGAAGAGGAUGACGAGUUAGAUGGGUGGAAACGUGUAAAGGCUCCAACCCCUGGGGAUCAAGUCAUGGAAAAUAGCAAAAAAUCUGAAUCUAAACCUAAAUCUGGAGGUCAACAAGGAGGCAAUUACAUCGACGAUUCUUUAGAAGAUUUGAGAAUUACUGAAGAAACUGAUAGCAUAUCUUCCCAGGUUCCAGGUUUUUAGUGCUGAAUUGCAAAUUUGUUUAGUAUUAUCAUUAUAGUUUUCUAUUUCAUACAUUAGACGAAAGAAAAAUGUAUAUUGAUAGUGAUUUUAAUUAUGUAUGUAUUUAUAUUCAUUUCUUAUUAUAUCAUGCCAAUUACUUUCAAUACUAUAAGCGUGAAACAAUCGUGUUUGCCCUGUUGAAAAUAACUACGCGAUGCGACAUGGUCUUUUUAAAACAGAGAAAAGAUUAACAAACACAUUUAUGCAUCUAUUUUUAUAAUUAUAUAAGUAUGAUAGCACCAUACAUAAUUAUCCUUAAUGACUUAAUUAACCAAUAAAAAAUGUUUGCGUUCACAUUAAUAGUUGUAUCAAAAUAACGCUGCACACUACAUGAUGUUUUUUCUAUAAAUAUAAAUUCGUUGUUUUUUUUUUCAACACAACGCGAUUUAUGACAACAAAUGUAUGGACCAGAGUAUAGACGUUGAUUAAUUUUUUGUAAUAAUAGUUUGUAAUUAACUCUCACCACCGGAAAUUAAAUUAGCCCUACUUAUCUCGUCUUAUAUAUUAUAUAUUUAGAUACACUAAACUUUCAAGUGAAAAUAAUUAAAAAUAUUGAAUAAUUAUAAUAUUUUUUUUCGAUUUUUCAAUCAAUUCGUUUUGUAAAUAUUGUUAGAAAAUGUUGAAAUAAUAUAAGGCACGGUUAUUGUUUUAUUCAAAAAUACGUUCUUUAUAGUUUGAGUAAGAUCUACACGCAAUCCAGCGUAGAAUAUACACACUCUCCUUACUAUUACAAAACUAAAACAAUAUUCAAGUAUCCGCUCAGGUUUUUGAAUUCAGAAAUAAAUAUGAAAUAACAUACAAAAUAGAAACGUGUCGGUCAAGGAAAUAUUUACUUUCACUAUGCAAAAUUCUCCGUUAUGAACGUAUCAAAAAAACUCUAGAUAAUCAAUUGAUGUUCAGCAGAUUAUUCUGAAACUGUUUCAGUAGUCUGAUUAUAUUGUAAAAUAGUCACGGGACAUUUAUAUCCAGUUUACGACUGUAAAAAAAAUUUUAAUGUAAAUACUGUCAUUGUUCCGAUAGCAUAAUUAUUUUAAAUAUCUGCUUUACACGUAAAUUUGAUUGCGCAAUAGGGCACAUGAUGGCAAACAAAUGAUCAAGCAACUUACCUUCCUCGUAAACUAUUUCGAUCUAUCUUUUAGCAAAAUUGUUUGAUAAAUAAAAAAUAAUAAAAACCAUAACAGAUACUUGUAAAAAAUAAUACCCAAAAAUUCCGGUUAUAUAAAACAUUAUAACAUUCUCUUUGAGUAAAAUUCAUAACAUAAUUAUUUUAGAUAAACUAAGUAACUCUGUACAUACAAAAUUAGAAGUAGAAUAAUGAUUAACUUAUUAUUACUAUAACUAUUUAUCAUCAAAUUUCAAGAAUCAAAAUUUUUAUAUUAAAAGUAUAAAAAAUAUAAAUCCUAUGAAUGACUUUCAGUGAAGAAAGUACGAACUCAAAUUGUAUAAAUGUAUGUACUGUAUUCUGACCUUACCUAUUCUUUUUAAUGGUACAAAUAUAUUAUUGUUAAAUAAAAACAAAUGUUAUCUGUUAUUAACAAAAUUUAUUAGAUAAUAAUUAUUACCUAACCUGACAUUAUUACUUCGAUACAAGACAAAAGUAUUAUAUAAUGAUUUACUCAUUUCAAUAUUCGGUCACUAAAAGCACAAAUAAAUUGAUAGGUAAAAAUGAAAAAUUUAUGUACAUUUUUUGCAUCAAGUGAACAACGAUAUUAACAGUAGUUGUAUAAAAUAUUGACGAAGUAUCAAGAGAAAAUACUUCGAUGUAAUUGAUCAUAUAAACGUUAAUUUACCUGCAAUUGAUCAUGCAUUUACAAAACGGUAAAGGCAAAAAUCAUGGCAAUGCAAUAUUGACAAAGUGCUUCAAACGAGUUACUGAUUUUAGAUAAAAAUUACAAAUUUAGCCCCGUUGGCUAUUUACCAAUCAAAAAAUAAGAUUGGAAGUACAUUUGUUUUGAUAACAAACCUUGAACUCUUAAUAUUUGUGUUUAUGCCGAUGUUUUCUGGGAGUAGGCGACAUUGGGCUAGCAGCUCUAACGUGCUUUAACGAAGACCUCGGUAUGGACGUAGGCGAUGAAGAGGGUGAACGCUGUCGUCUUUUACGCUCGGUGCCAGGCGAUCUGCGUGAUGUCGACCUCGAUGCAAAGGCAGGUGACGGUGAACGUCGAAUUCGUGGCGGUGAUGGUGUGUAAGGUGUGCGCUUUUUAUGUGGUGAUCGCGAUCUCCGUUUACUGCGAGGUGAUCUGCUGCGUGACCUGUCAUCAUUAUAUCAAUAAUUAUCUUUCUUAUUUUUACCUAUUCAAUUGUACACAAAAUUGAUAAUGUUACGUAGAAUACGUUUGAGAGUUUUAAUAAAAGUUAUUAACGCGUA